CUUGUCAUUCAGACAUCCCAGGAAUCCAACACGACUAGAAACAGCCAGGUCAACAGGACCAGGACAUUUUAAGUUAAAGUUGUACGUCCUUGUUUCCGUAAAAGGUCAACGAAAAUAUCGGUCGUUGCCAAAGAAGUACAAGUGUCAAAAGAAAGCGGAUUUUACAGAUAUCGCAGCAUGCAGAUGUGAGUGCAGACAUCCUGCUACCCUUUACUGCUACGCUGGACUGAGUGGCAUCCUCUUCAUCCCCUUCAUCGUCAUCAUACAUGCUCUUACAUGAAGAGAGGGGAGAAACCCGAAGGAUACAGACAGGCGAGACCCAAAACGUUUCCUGCCAGCAACUACAGCGCCAACAGCCAACACAUGCUGCAGGAAAUAAGGAACAGUCUGCGCAAUUUAUCCAGACAAUCGGACCCCCCUAAAGCAGACUCUGGAGGGGCUGUAAAAAUGCCUCCGGAGGACUCAAGGCAACAGGGGCGAUGCAGCAACCCCAAACACCCCUACCACAAGGCCUUACAGGAGAUCCGCAAGUCCCUGAUGCCUUUUGCCAAUGAGCCGAGUACUUCAGGACCUGAGGGGAACAAACACAUGUCUCUGGAAACUCCCUGCGCUGGGUUCGACGAGAGCAACAGUCGCAGUAUGGGCGCAGUUAUAGACUACAGUGGUAAGGUGAUCUACCAGGACCCGAUGAGGGAACAGAAGCUUGCUGCCAACCCCAACUCUACCGGUCUGAAAGCCCCAGGAAGUUCUCAUAUCUCGCAGCCUGUGCUGAGGAGGCCGAGCUGGAAAGGCUCUAAGGAGUCUUUGGCCCCUCGUCACGUCAUAGUGGAUGGAGUGAUAUACCGCUCAGACAGCCCGGGGCCCCCUCCCUCCUUUCCCACCGCUAACAACCAGAGAGUGAACCCUCCCCUCCCGCCUCAGGUGCGCAGUGUCACACCUCCUCCCAACCGCUGCGCCAUGCCUAAUACAUCAUCCUGGGACCCAUCAACCAAGCGCUACUCCGGCAACAUGGAUUACCUCGGGGCCCGCAUCUCUCCGGGGCCUCAGGGGGCCUGGCCUGACGGGUACCAGUCAUCAGCCCCUCAGAAUCAGCGUGGGAUCAGCCCGGUCCCUGUGGGUCACCAACCCAUCAUAAUGCAAAGCUCUGGGGGCAACAAGUUCACCUUCCCCCCCCCUAGCUGGUCUCAGAAUGGCUCCGCCCAGCCGGACUACAUCGCAGCCGGCAGCAGACAGCCCCCCCCUCCGUACGCGGUCAACCAGAGCAGGCACAGUCCCACUGAUCAGCAGUCAGGAGGACCCGCCUCCUCUCCCUCGUACGCCAACGGUGGAAACAUCCCUACGUCCAUGAUGGUGUCCAACAGGCACAGUUACAACCUUGACCUGUACAACAUAGGUCCUCCUCAGUCCUGGGCCCCCAGCCAGCCCUCUGGAAACAGCAGCACCCAGGACCUGUCUCCGUCGUGGCAACACAACGUGCCCCCCCGCUCCAACUCCUUCAACAACCACCAGCUGAACAGCAGAGCGGCCCACCAGUCCAGCUCCCAGCCCUCCGCCACCACCGUCACGGCCAUCACACAGGCCCCCAUCCUGCAGCCGGUCAAAAGCAUGCGCGUGCAGAAACCUGAGCUCCUCACUGCCUUCGCCCCCACGCACCCUCCAUGGAUGCAGCAGCCGCCCCCACCCCUUCAAGCUGCUCCUGCUUACCCAGAACCCCCAGCCCCUGUACCCCAGAUCCCUGUUGUAGCAGAGGUCCCGAGCUACCAGGGCCCCCCUCCACCUUACCCCAAGCAUCUCCUCCAACAGCAGGCUGCAUCCGCCCCACCUGCCUACGAUCCGGGGGUCAACAAGCGAAACUCAGGCCGAGAGGAGGCGGCUGAGGCGGAGAGCAGCAGCAACGACAGCUCCCGGGACAAAACCACGGAAAGCGCCACAGCGACGGAGAAGGAGAAGAAGCAAAUCACGACGUCACCCGUUCCCGUGCGUCGCAACAAGAGGGACGAAGAGCCGAGAGGGGAGUCAGGACGAGUCGCUCUGUACUCCCCCCAGGCCUUCAAGUUCUUCAUGGAGCAGCAUGUGGAGAACAUCCUCAAGAACCAUCAGACGAGGAUUCGGAGGAGGAAGCAGCUGGAAAGUGAGAUGCAAAGGGUGGGCUUGUCUUCAGAAGCUCAGGAGCAGAUGCGUAUGAUGCUCUGCCAGAAAGAGUCCAACUACAUCCGGCUAAAGCGAGCCAAGAUGGACAAAUCCAUGUUCAAACGAAUCAAGAUGCUCGGCAUCGGAGCGUUUGGAGAGGUGUGCCUGGCCAGGAAAGAGGACACCGGAGCGAUGUACGCCAUGAAGACGCUCCGCAAGAAGGACGUGCUGCUGAGGAACCAGGUGGCCCACGUGAAGGCUGAGAGGGACAUCCUGGCCGAGGCCGACAACGAGUGGGUGGUGCGUCUCUACUACUCCUUCCAGGACAGGGACAACCUGUACUUUGUCAUGGAGUACAUCCCCGGAGGAGACAUGAUGAGCCUCCUCAUCCGGCUGGGAAUCUUCAAAGAAGAACUCGCCCAGUUCUACAUCGCCGAGCUCACCUGCGCCGUGGAGAGCGUCCACAAGAUGGGCUUCAUCCACCGAGACAUCAAGCCCGACAACAUCCUCAUAGACCGGGACGGACACAUCAAACUGACCGACUUCGGCCUGUGCACCGGCUUCCGCUGGACGCACGACUCCAAGUAUUACCAGAGUGGUGACCAUGUGAGGCAGGACAGCAUGGACUUCAGUAAGGAGUGGGAGGACGAGACGGACUGCCGCUGCACGGAGCGCCUGAAGCCUCUGGAGCGGAGGAAGGCCCGGGAGCACCAGCGCUGUCUGGCCCACUCUCUGGUCGGGACGCCCAACUACAUCGCUCCAGAAGUGCUGCUCCGAACAGGCUACACCCAGCUGUGUGAUUGGUGGAGUGUGGGCGUCAUCCUGUAUGAGAUGGUUGUCGGACAGCCUCCCUUCUUGGCGAACACGCCUGUGGAGACGCAGAUGAAGGUGAUAAACUGGAAGAACAUGCUGAACAUUCCCCCGCUGGCCAAGCUCAGCCCCGAGGCGUCGGAUCUCAUCGUGAAGUUGUGCCGCAGCCCGGAGGACCGCGUGGGGAAGGGCGGCGCCGACGAGAUCAAAGCUCAUCCCUUCUUCCAGAACAUUGAUUUCUCCAGCGACUUGCGGCAGCAGGCGGCGCCGUACGUCCCCACCAUCGCUCACUCCACGGACACCUCCAACUUCGACCCCGUGGACCCCGAUAAAAUGUGGAGCAGCGACAGCGACGGAGAGGACAACCUCAACGACACGCUCAACGGCUGGUUCCGCAACGGAAAACACCCCGAACACGCCUUCUACGAGUUCACCUUCCGCCGCUUCUUCGACGACAACGGCCACCCGUACAGCUGCCCCAAGCCCAUCGAGUACGAGAGCUACGAGGGGGAGGAGGCGGAGUCUGAGGCCCAGGUGGCUGCUGGGAGCUCAGCGACGCAGGGCCGAGACCUGCUGUACAUUUAGAGACUAAUGGAGGAGAGGAGAGGAGAGGAGAGGAGAGGAGAGGAGAGGAGAGGAGAGGAG